CUUCCCACCACCAUCCCCGGCCCCCGCGAGCGGUUACGAGUCUUUUCUUGUACUCACAAGCUUCCCUGCUAUCUGCUCCAGUCUACGAAGUCUUGCUUGUCCAUCGACCUUCACUUCUACAGUCACCGCGCCUCGACGCGUCACAAACUAUAGACGUAUCGCGACAUCUUGCGCAGCCUCACAUCUACGAGAUUACGAGGUAGCUGAAUCGACAACUUGUGUGCUCGGGCCUUCGUGAAUCGCUCCCCACAAGCUAUCACGACCUCAUCAUAGCCUGUCCGACCCAUUCAUAACGACCUCGCUAUCUACCACCCCCACCCCAACAUCCCAUCAUGAGCCCUGCCCUCCUCGACCGCGCCUCCGGCGUCGUAGACCCCCACCGCUUUCGUAUAGGAACGAUCGCGCAGAAAGCGGGCUCCGUCAUCCAGCGCACAGUCCCCCUCUUCGAGCGGGCAUUGAGCCACCGCGCCGGCGAUGCCUCGCAAGAGACCUCCGAGCCGUCCACCUCCGACUCGAAGAACAGCAACACGGGCACGAUCAUCGGCGCGAUUGUCGUCGGCGCGGCAUUGCUGCUCGUGAUCGGCGGGUUCUUCCUGGCGUGGCGGCAAAGGAACAGCAGGAGGAAGGCGGAGUAUAUGGCGGCCGAUACUGGGGAUGCCUUCGACGAUGGCGACCACUACGAUAUGGAUGUCCAGCGCGCGGCCGACGAUGGCGUGCGUGGCUUCCGGAUGUACGGCCAGCGCGGGCGAGGCUACGGCGAGGGCGGCAGCGGGCAUGACGCGUACGACGACCCAUACGACGCGCCGGCGGCGUAUGAUACGCAUGGCAGGUACGAUGCCGACGCACCACCCAAAUACGACGCCAAGUACGACGCGCGCGGACGGCCGAUAUCGACGGCGGAGUCGGGGAAGACCCUCUUCGACGACGGGUCCGCGCCGAGCAAGUACGCCGAUGGCGCGGAGCUCAGGAAGGUGCAGAGCGAUGAGACGAUCCACGUCGCGGCGCACCCGACGGAUAAGGAGGAGGGCCUGCGCUGAGGGUUUGAGCCGGUGAAGGAAUCUGGCAGGCUGCACCGUCAGAUGACUCUGACCCCACGUCUCUUCAGGUGGGGUGAGGGGAGUCGGUGGGAGGGGAUGCCAGGGGAGGACGCGCCCACGUACGCGGGGCAUGACGCGACGACGCGGCGGGGCCGGCUUCGUCGCGCGUCGGCGCACACAACGGACUAUACUGCUGCUAUCCCACUGUACACUCCUUUUGUCUCAUUGCUACUGCUGCAUCUUCAUACUGAUCAAUAGCACGCUGUUGUGGACUUUUC